AAAGGAAACCCAAAUUCUCCCUGCCAGCAGUAGAAUUAGGAUCAUAAUCAACCAGAACCUGAACCAGAACAAUAAUCCCAAGUCGUUUUCACAAGAUCAAACAAGAUGAAGAACGUUUUCACCAUCCUUUUCCUAGCUCUCGUCGGCUCUUUCGUGGCGGGCUUGCCAGCGGCUGCCAACGAGAGAAGAGCCAUCUCGUCGAAUGCAUUUGAAAUUGCAGCCCGAGCAUUGGAACUGGUGCCACGAGCCCAGGUUGGAAGCAGAGCCUCCAACCAAACCGAGAGCGUCCCCAGGUCUCUAAGCGCGAGACAAGGAAACAGCACAUCUUCGUUCGGAAGCAGCGGAAGUGGAAGCGGAAACGAGGCUCGUUCUGAGAUAGUCCCAAGAGCCUUCAACUCGUCUGACGAUAAUGAAGCUCGUUCAUUAUUCGCACGAAAGGGCAACAGCACCGAUGCCGAAACCGAGAAGCGCGCCCCAGGCGUGAAGCGAGUCCACGUCGAGGCUCGCGCCUUCAACUCAAGCAGUGCCUAGAUGCACUCGCACGCAGUCACCCCAUGCGCAGGUCAUGCAGGGAAAGAUGGAGGAAUUAAUGGUAUAUAGGUACGCGACUAGCAGCCAGCAAUGUUUGGAACGAGGACGAAGGAUGAGAUGAAAGACGCAGUGACGUCGUCGUUGUCGUCGCCCGGCUCGCGGCUUUAACUUGAGCUGGGCUUCAGAGUACAGAUUUUACCCCGGGAGGGGAUCUAGAUAGAUUUGAUUUUUCAUAGUUAGGGAACCCUAGUCAAUCCUUUCGAACUAUGGCGCAACGCGUAGUUCUUCCAA